UUUGGUUGGAAAACUUGAACGGUCAUUACUCUUUCAGUGGCCCCUCUCUCUCGCGCGCGCCACCGCCAGUCCGUACGACUCCAAAUGGCUGCAUUCUUGGCGACGUCCUCAUCCCCGCCGGCCUUUCUUUGCUUCUCCUCCCCUUCUCAUUCCCACUUUCGUCAGAGUUCAUUGCUCCAAUGUUGGAAAGUCUCGGUUUUCAAGGUGCGUUGGCUUAGGACGUUUUCUUCCACGACUUCAAUGGAUUGGAAUAGGAGGAGAAAUUUCAUCUAUGCAGCCAGUCAAGAUGCUGAGGAAGCUUUCAAAAAGACUGUUGAAGUGGAUAAGCUGAUAGAUACACUGAGGGAUGCAAAUCCAAAUGAACUUCAGAAGCUUGUUGUUGAAAAUGUCCUUGCUUUCAAUGAGAGUUUUUGGAUACGCCUUGCAGCAAGAACUGAUACCUGCAAAUCAGAGGAUGAUAAAAAAGAUUACGAGGAAUUGGCUAUAUCUGUGAUGAGCAUAGUGGAUCGCCUUGUUCAUAAGACUAAGGAAAAAAUAGAGUCAGCCACUGACGUUCUCAAGGAGAUAUUGAAACCUGUGGUUGAUGAAGUGGAAGAGGUUACCUGGCCUCCUAGAGACCCUGAGGCCCUCAAAUUAAUGGAGAAAGGGAUAUACCAAAGGGAACAAGAAGGGCAACUAGAUGAAGGUUUUCUUGCAGAGGUUAAUGCACAGCUACGGCAAGCAAAAGAAGAUGGAGAUAAGCCAGGACUGGAGGCUAUGCUGCAAAAGGUUUUGCAACUGUAUGCUUCCAGAGUUCUCUCCAAACGUAGUUAUGCAAAGAAAGGAGAGGAAGUCUUGAAGGCCGAGCAGUUUCUUGAAGCCAUAAUAGAAGCUCCACAGGAAGAAUGGAACAAGCUCUUGAUAAAUGGAAUGACAGUUGGCAAAGGGGAGAUAUCACCAGAGGAGUUUUAUGCAGUCAUUAAGAAACGAAUUGAGCGGACUUUGAUCCGAACAGAGGGCGGUUCUUACCAGCAGCGCAUCCUUACAGAGUAUUUGAAAGGCAUCCAAUCAAGAGCGGAGGAGAUUGUCCAAGUACUUCAGGGCAAACCAUAAUAGUAGCCGUCUAGAGUUGAAGCCAAUUCAAUAUGAUGGUGCAUUACGCAGAAGGCAUAUAACGGGACCUUAGUCUUUCUCUUGUAAGUUUGAAAAUAAAGAAAAAAGAACACCUUCAAGAAGUUGAGAAACUUUGUUCCAAUGCGGACAUGAUGCAUGUGCCAUUCAAGCACCACUCCUAACAUGAGGCAAUGAACUUUCCUUACGGCGCCUAGGUAUCUCUGUUGAAAAUAUUAUCCAUGUACCAUUCAUAGUUCUCUUCAUUUUGAUCACUAUAUGAUGAUAGGUAUACACUUUGUGUAGGAACUGCUCUGCCUCCUGGACCAUAAUAUUUGUGUGUAUGUUUGAGCCUUUGUUUAUCAACAAUGCAAAUUAAUAAUC